AUGGCCCCUGUUACGAAUGCGCGUGUCCUAUUCAACGAGAUACCCUCUGGACUGCCUAUUCCCGGACAAACAACCGUGUACGAUGCCUCACAGACGAUCGACCCAGACGCCGUCCCGCUAGAUGGCGGGUUCCUGGUCAAGACCCUUGUCCUCUCCAUUGACCCGUACAUGCGAGGAAGGAUGAGAGAUACGAGCAUCAAGUCAUAUGCGCCUGCCUACAUCACGGGAGAACCGAUCCAAAACUACGGUGUCGGCCUCGUCUUCCGCUCGGAGAACGAUGGCUUCAAGCCGAAGAUCACAUUUACUGGCACUCGUUCCUACUGGGUUGCGCGCGACACCAGCGAGAUGCGUGUGCUCAAGAACACUGAGAACCUUCCGUGGUCAACAUACGUCGGAGUAUGUGAGAUGACGGGCCAAACAGCUCACCAUGGGUGGGCGGAAUACGCGCACCCCAAGAAGGGUGACGUCGUCUUUGUGUCCGCCGCUGCAGGACCCGUCGGCGCAACGGUCAUUCAGCUCGCAAAAGCAGACGGCUGCAAAGUGAUUGCGUCGGCAGGCACCGAUGAGAAGGUUGAAUUUAUCAGGUCGAUCGGUGCGGACAUCGCCUUCAACUAUAAGAAAGAAAGUACGGCCAAGGUGCUUGAUUACUGGGAUGGUGUUAGUGGUGAGAUACUCGAGGCUGCUAUAGGCGCCGCUGCAGUGGGUGCUCGCUUUAUCGAAUGUGGCAUGAUCUCGGGAUAUAAUAGCGAGCCAUAUCACAUCAAGAACAUGAUGCUCAUCCACAUCGACGAGUUAUACGGCACGAUCCCGAAGAAAGUAGCGUGCGGAGAGAUAAAGUACAAGGAGGACGCCAAGCAUGGAUUGGAGGCCGUCGGUGAGGCAAUCGUGGAUGUCCAGAUAGGAAAGAAUAAGGGGAAGAGUGUUAUCGUCGUUGCGGAGGAAUAA